GGAGCCGGAGAACAGGCGUGGGGCGCAGCGGGGAGCGGACGCAGCGGCGGCGGAGCACACGACGCUGCGUUGACACUGCUGAUGACCGAGGGCUCCCGCUCAUUCCGCCAGCGGUGAAAAGGGAACUCUCUCGCGGCCCGGUGCCGUCGGCGGUCGUGAGGCGGACGGGGGAAAGAUGCGGUACCAGUCCGUCGCCGCGCGCCGCGCAGACCUCCUCCUCCUCCUCCUCCGACGCUGGUGAUGUGCCCGCUGUGCCCGGCAGCAGCAGCGGAAACGGCAGCAGCAGCUGGAGGAGGUCGGUGGGGCCGCUGAGGACGAUGGUAACGUCGGGAUCAUGGCCAACGGAACCGGUACUAUCAUGCUAAAAUGCGUCGUGGUCGGAGACGGUGCGGUGGGCAAAACGUGUCUCCUGAUGAGCUAUGCCAACGACGCCUUUCCCGAGGAGUAUGUGCCCACGGUGUUUGACCAUUAUGCAGUGAGCGUCAGCGUCGGAGGAAAGCAGUACUUACUGGGACUGUACGACACCGCUGGUCAGGAGGACUACGACCGGCUCCGGCCGCUGUCCUACCCCAUGACCGAUGUCUUCCUCAUCUGCUUCUCGGUGGUAAACCCUGCCAGUUUCCAGAAUGUGCGUGAAGAGUGGGUGCCGGAGUUGCAGGAGUACGCCCCCAGCGUCCCUUACCUGCUGAUCGGCACCCAGAUUGAUCUUCGGGAUGAUCCCAAGACCAUUGCCAAACUGAAUGACAUGAAGGAGAAGCCCAUAACCACCGAGCAAGGACAGAAACUGGCGAAAGAGAUCGGUGCGUGUUGCUAUGUGGAAUGUUCAGCGUUGACCCAGAAAGGCCUGAAAACAGUGUUCGACGAGGCCAUUAUUGCCAUCCUCACUCCCAAGAGAAAGAAGGGGGCUUUGAAAAGAAGACUGGGACCCCGCUGCAUUAACUGCUGUCUGAUCACGUGAUCCAGGAACUCCCGGGUUCACUCAGCAAACAACCAUAAGCAAAUACCUGAACUGAAGACCGAUAGCGGAGCUACGUUUAUGCUGCAUUGCUCUCGAAAGCGCACGCGGUUCUCUCCUGGCGUCACACUCUGGGGUGAAGAUGCAGUUUACUACCAAAGGAGCACAAAACCCAAGUCGGUUCUCUCUUGGACUUUUUGUCGCAGAAGUAUCUUCUUUUAUAGCCAUUUUUAAUCAUUUAUUCCUGUUGAGAAUUAGUGUAUGCUGUCAUACAGAAAAACACAACAUGCCAGUUUUAAGACAAAUGUUACAUCUAUGAUAUUCAUAUUCUUUCUAUGGUUUUAAAAGCUGCAUUAUUGUUUUAUGACCUUAAAGAUAUUGAUAUCCAUAUUAUUAGAGAAGGCCUGUAGCUGAUAAAUAAUAGGAGACUGAAUUCAGUGACACUGUGAAAGUGCCCAGGCCCAUUUUUUGGGCCUAGUUUUUUAUAUAGAACUCGUGCUACUAAAUAUUGGCCCACAGAGUCUGUCUCUACCUAUUUAUCAUUUACCUGCAAAUGAAAACGCACACUUGCACUGUGCAUUGUGUAAGCAAGAUGACAGAUUUUGGACCUAGAGCUGUAUUAUUUUUAAGUUGGAGCUUGUUUCUUUUUUUGUUAGUUUUUUUGCUUCAUAUUGAACAUUUUACAUUUUAAAGUGUUGCAUGCCAAAGUAUAAUUACGUUAAAACUUGGGACUAAAAUGGUUAUAAUCUAUUUUAAAAUAUAUCAUGCAGAGAUUAUGACUCAUCCAGUCUGUGAAAAUAUUAUCUCGAUUUAAUUGUUUUCUUUUUUAGUUGAUUUAUUUAAUUUUAUCUAAUUUCAAAAAUUGUUUGAGAUGGACGAAGAUAGCCCCAGAUGAAGGUGGUUAAUAUUUAACAUACCAUCAGCAUGCACCCCUCUCAAACACUCUUGGCUAAGCUGAGCCAAAGUCUUCUGCACAACAUAAAGCACAUUUAACUUCAUAUUAUUUGCAGUGACAACAAGCACAUUCCUCUGCUUUUGGACAUCAUUGCUCUCCUAGAACAGGCUGAUCAAAGCACAUGCAAUGCACAAUGAUCUAUCAGGCACAAGUAUGAGCAUAGCACAUCAUUUUACUAUGCACAGUCUUAGGUCAUUUUAUCAAAGUGCUGUUCCAAGGCCUCAAAAACAGAAAUGGAUGCGAAAAAUGCACUUAACAAAAUUAAGAAACUUACAUCUGCCAGUUGCACCAGCUGUUCAUGGGUUUAAAUAUAGGUUAGCUUUAAUGGAAGAUUUUACUAUGGCACAGUAAUGGGCUUACCUGAUGUGUCUGACCAGACAUUUUAUCAUAUAGCUUUAUUAAGAUGUAAACCGCAAAGCUUUAAUGGCACAAAACAACACAGGACGUCAGUUCUAUGAUGUAAUUUACAUUAAAUGUCCUAGUAACAUAUAUAACUAAUGAAAGUUGCAUAAUGAAAUAUAUCACAAAUCUCUAAACUGUAUGAAUAGUACUAUAGCUUGCAUUUUUUUCAUGUAUGUAUUUGAGAUUAAUUGGCACUUUUUUCAAAACUACAAUUUCUAAAGGCCCUAUUUUUAGGGAUUUAUGAAUAACUGGUGCAACCAAAUCUGUAGAAGACAAUCUGAAAUAUAAAAUGACAGCAGUAAAAUAUGAAUACUCCAGUAUUAAUAAAGUAACAUUAGACACAUUCAUGUAGAGUGAGAUAAUAGAAUGUUUACCAUGAUUUAGAAAGUACUAAAAUGCCUCUGAAGCCAAAUUAUGUGACAAAGAUUUUAAGCCCAAGUCUAACAACUUGAUGGUGAUGGAAGUUUUCUGAUUGACUGAAGGUAAACGUCUGAAAUACUAGCUCUUUUUUUCGCAUUUGUAUCUUCUAAUCUUUAAUAGAUAUUACUCAAAUGUGCCAACUCAUGCUAAGAACCCUUUGUGUUGAGUCCGAUCUGAUUGAUUGAAGCUUUAAUGUAAAUGGUGCUCCUCCUCUAUCCCAGCCUGCAUUGUAUAACCGUAUUUCUACGCAGCACGGUGGCUUCCAGGGUGAACAGCCUUCUCUCCUGGACAGUUCCACUUGCUUACGUUGUGUGAAGGUCCACCCUCAGGAUCCAGGACCUAAGUGCCGCUGCCAUUAAUGCAUUCUCCCAUUGAUGCUUCUCUCUUCUCAAUAAACAUGUUUUCUGUGUUAAUAAA